AUGGAUUCUGCUGCUAUAGCUGUUGAUAAACUAUGCCUUUUUUAUCGUACCCGAUGUCCAGUAGACUCGGCAACUGUGGACUAUGGAGUUUACAGUUUUACAGUUGUCGAUUAUGUCAAUGAUAAGGCUUCACUAGUUGAUACUUUGGAAAUUACACCGAGAGUGCUGGUGUUGCGUCACAAACCCAAGGUCCAUACUCGCUACGAAAAGAUUAUACGCAUUAAAAAUAAUGGCCUUCAUGCUCGCCUCUUACACUACGCGACCGACUCGAGCGAUAUAACAUUACAAACUUUGCCCGAGAAACUCUUUGACAAUUUCCUCGAUUAUGAUACAGCGGUACAACUGAUAAUAACUAUACAGCCGAAGAGGCCAAAAUAUUGCCGUUACUAUGUCUACAUACACGCUGUCCACCCGAAUGUAACAUUUGAAAUACCCAUAAUUGUAUUGAAAAGGGAAGCGGAUAUAUCUACACCGGAAAAGAUUAUUUUUCCAGCCACUUGCCCUGUCAAUGAGACGUUUUAUGAAUUGAUUUUAUAUAACAAAACCCUCGAAAAGUUAAAAUACCUCGUUCAAAGCUUUGGAGCAAAGAUAAAAGUGAUGUCGACCUCCGCCAGCAAAAUUCCUAAAAAUGGUUAUUUAAAGAUCCUGCUAAAACUGAAAGUACGUUGCUAUGAAAGGGAGGAAGGUUCCUUUAAAAUAAAGAUUGAAAACGAACCAACUGCCAAAAUAGACUACGGACAUGAGCCUACAAGAUUUUCGAUUUAUUUUGAUCGUUUGAAUUUGUCAUACAGCGCCUUAAAAUUUACCCGAGAAGAGAGGAAGACUAUACAUGUUUGCAAUGAAUCGAACAUUCUUAUCGAUUUCAAUGUUCGUUUUUUAAGCGCACAGGAAGAAGAUGAACACGUUGUUUCCGUAACGAAAAUGUAUAACGAAGUUGAGGGAGACAUUGUACCAGAAAAUUCAGAUCCACACGCCUAUAGACAUUUUACCAUUCUAGCGACCAAUACAAAUAUACCGAGUAAUUCGGGCGUGAAAUUCACGAUCACUUUUCGACCCAUAGUUCACGAAGACUUCGAAGUUCCCGACGAACUUAUGCCGCCAUAUAAGGUGUCGGCAAAUAUUGUCAUAGAGCUAUCAGAUGAAUAUUUUAAAAAAUCCGAAAUUUUAAAUCUGCAUGGAUUGAUUAUAGGUCCGACAAUAGACAUAAUACCAAAGACAAUUCAUUUGCCAACUGUGUAUUUCGGGGAAGAGCAUUGUGCGCAAAUUAAAGUCAUUAACACUGACGGCUAUAAUGAUCUCGAGGUAUCAUAUUAUGGCUGCCGAACUUCCGAUAUUGCUAAUGUUACUAUAACACCGGCUGAAGGCUUUCAUUUGACACCCUGUCAACGUGGUCUAUUUCAUAUACAAUUUUUCGCUACAUCAAUUGGAAAAUUUGUAGUGAAAUUUGAAUUCAAAGUUAAAUACGGCGGAUUGUUUGCGGCCUUUAUAAAAGGAACCUCGCGCAAAGUUUAUUGCAGAGCUUUUCCAGAAAUGCUAAGCUUAGGUCUGCUACCAGUCGCGGUACCACAGCGGCGUUUAAUUAUGAUUUUAAAUCCUAUCUCAGUGCCAAUAACGGUGCAAUUUUCCAUCAAAGAUGAUGGCACCGAAGUCCCCUUAGUGCUAAAUAUACAAGACGUCAAUGAACAUUUACCGAUCGAUGUAUUAGAUCCUAUUGAACAUAUGCGUGUUUGUGUCGAAGAAGAAAGAAAACCUAUGCCCGAAAUCAGUGAUAUCGUGGUACGAGAUGAUGCAGGUACACCGACUUCAGGUCUCACCGUUCGCUCCGUACAGGAGGACAGUUCUUCAAUUAGUGUUGCAUUUGAAGAUACUCUUUUAGAAGAAAUACCACAAGCAGCUCCGGAUUUCGUUAAGAAAAUGCGCGGCGGCAAAAUUUUCCAAAAAGCGGACGCAGAGAAAUUCAUUUUAGAUGAGGUUUUAAAUGUCUUGUUAGCCAUGCCUUAUUUUCAAGGUAUGGAUAAAAAUAAAAACUAUGUACACAUGGAUUGGAAUGCUGUAGCCAAUGAUCCGCGUGAAAUUUAUGUUUCUGAAGAGAUACUCUAUCUUAGUCCAAACACCGGCAAAGCGAUGAGUGUAGUCAUUAUACCGAAUAUCGUCGGAUUUCGUCAACGUUUUAUUUCGGUGCGAGUAUGUCCUGAGCCUUUGCCCGUUUUAGACGACGAUCCUGAGGAUUCGCAUCGAUAUGUUGACUCCAGUUAUAUGGAGGCACGCAUUCCAAUUGAAUAUACAUGUGCUGUGCCCGAAAUAACUUGGGAUAAUAUUAUCAAUAUGGAGGAGCGUUUAUAUGUGGGUGAAUUUUAUGAUUUUGCCAUGACGUUUGAGAACAACGACGACAUUGGAGGAUUCUUUUACUAUGACGUUGUGCCCGACAGCAGGCAUGGCACAAUGACAUUUUUAAACAGCAAAUGGAAAUAUUUUAUUGAACCACAAAGUAUGAUUACAGUUCCUUGUAUGGUCAGGUUCGGUACUGUCGGUGCAGUCUCUCUCUCAGGCAUUAUUAAAUUUGUGGGCGUGCAAGUCGGUUAUCCAUUCCAUGUGAAUGCUAUGGUAUUACCGAGUAACAUUAAGACAGAGCCUACGCAAAUAACGAAAAACAUGACCGUUUUAAAAGAAGAACUUGUCUACAUUUUCGUACACAAUGAUACGCCAACCUGCACUUGGUUAGGAGCUGAAAUGAAAGUCGAUGAAUGCAUCCAGGUGGAGCCGUCGGGCGCUCAACUUUCACCUAAAGGCCAGAGUACCUAUUUAACUUUAAGAAUAUAUUUUCGUGAUCCAGGCAUAUACCACAAUUGUCUGCUUAUUCGAUUGGAAUUUAAGAAAAUUGUGAGAAUACCAAUCACGCUAAACGUUAACGGUAUGCCGAUUCGUUUUGAACCGGAUAUUUGCGGCGGCGAAUUGAAUUUCGGCAUUAUCAUUUGCAGUACCGAAGACGAGUAUAUAGAUUCGCAACCGAACUUCAGUAAAACGAUUAAAAUCAUCAAUUAUGGUGAACGUCAAUAUCGUCUGAUCAUUAAAAUGCUUAAGGCAUCAGAAACGAAGGGCUGUGCUGUAAAGAAAUCGCUUCGUGCUAAUAUCAAUAUAGAUCCCUUGGUUAUGACAAUCGAAGCACUUAGCGUUAAAGAGUUGACUAUAUGGACGCGAGCUUGCGACGAAACAAGUAUUUUUCAUGAAUUUCGUCUUACGAUAGUCGAUCUAACGGAUCCAAAAAGAGUAGAAACCAAACGUGUAACUGUACGUGCCAGCUUCAUACAUCCGCAGGUCUUAUGGAGUAGACGGGACAUCACCUUUAAAUACUAUAAAACUCACAAACAUAAGGACUUUCAGCAAUGGGAAAUAAUUUAUCUUACAAAUGCGGCUGAAAACUUUCUAUUAUCGGUUUUUCUGAAAAUGUUGGGACCUUUUAAGAUUAGGCAUCGUUUUGAGGGGACGGAUAAAAGUGAAUUGAUGUUCAGUAUGAGCGGAAAAGAGACUAAAGAAUUUUUCGUCAUACUGGAUAAAGAAAUGUUAAAGGACCAUAAAGGCGCUCUAUAUGAAGGUCGCAUACAAAGUGUAGUUAAUGGGAGACCGCAGAAAUCUGUGUACCUUCGAGUUAAAAUUUUUUCACCAGAAUUAAAUCUUGCAUAUGAUGACAUCACUUUAUUUAGCCAAAAUCGCGAGGCUAUUACAUAUAUCCCUAUCCUUAACGUUAAACCGCUGAAAGCUAUAUACAAAUGGAAGAAAUUACACGAAGAAUGGCAUUAUAUACGCGAGGAAGACGAUGUUGAACAAACGGCGGAACUGGUCUUAUCCGAUAUCUUGCUUAUGUUAAACAUACUGCCGCAAAAUCUUGAAAAUGACUCUGAAAAAAAUUUGACACUUCGCUAUCAAAAAUAUCGUUGUCUUUUGAAAAAAAUCGAAUAUGAUCCGAUGAAUAUAAAAGGCAUCGUUUAUGAGCUGAUUGAGAAUUUAGACUUAUCGCAUAAACGUUAUAAAUUGGAUUGGGUUGAACCAGAACCGCCAUUAGUCGAAGAGCGUAAAGACGAUGAGAUGCCUGAACACUACAUACUGCCAGAAGACUUGCAAAAACCGACAAUUGAUUCUGAAUACGAGAAUUUGCAAAAUUUGCACGCGUACAAGGGCAAAUUAAGCUUGGAACCUUCUAUGCAAUUGACAACUCUAAUUGAAAAUACUAUCGAUACGGCUUUAGAAACAGAUCCCAGUUCUAUAGAAGCGAACUUAAAAUUUGUUGAAAAAAACUUGGACGGACAAGUGUUAUUUUUUAAUAAACGUUUCGAUAUAGAGCCAUCAAUGGGCGCUUCUGCGGGUACCUCGAAGCAGACUUGCGUCUAUCAGACUGUAGAUCAUAUUUUGGAUCAUUUGAAAUUGGAAGAUAGUUAUAGCAUUUCGCAACCAAGCACUGAAACUUGCGAAUUAGCACGCUCCAUAUACUUCCUUGAGAAAUUCGGUAUGUUGGCAGAGAAUCAGAAAGAGAUGUGCGCCUUGCAUUUGCCUCCGGUAAGAAAAGGCUUUGAGGUACGAGCAAAUUUCCAAUUGGACGUAGUUGGCGGCCAGAGUAAAUCCUUUCAAAUAACUUUAGUUAAUUUGGAAAAAACUCUGCAUUUAAGUAAGGACAGUAUUCAUUUGGGAUUAAAGCCGUGGUACGAAACCUAUAAAGCAACCUUUACUGCCGAGAAUGUGACAAAUUAUGAAAUUGUGCUAAGGAUUGAAGCUUCCCAGAGACCAGAUGAGGGUUUGCCCAAAAUUGCAGCAGGUUAUGCCCAAAUAAUUACCAAGUGCGAUAUUCGCAUACCAGCUUUCGAGAGUGCUCCUAUCAAAGUUGAAGGCGUUUUAGGCUUUAGCGAAGAGUUUGCCAGAGACUUCAAAAUUGUUAUCAAUAAUGGUGAAGAAAUUUUACUACGUGUAAAAGGACAUGGAGUCUUGCCGAUGUUGGCAAUUAUCAAGCGCGAUAUAGAAUUCGUAGAACAACAUCAACUGGAGAUAAUCGAAGAGUACGAGUUACUAAGAAAAAUAUAUUCUUUUGAAAUUUUCAAAGCAAUUACUAUCCAAGAUGAGGAUUUAGAUGGAAAUGCGGAAGAGGAAGGUGGUAUUGUUCUUACUUCAUCGUCGCAAGCAGUGGAAUGGGAACGUGAAUGGGUGACUGAAGAAGAGAAAGCCAUGUACUUUAUAUUACAAGAGUAUGUGUUGAUAAAUAACAAUGAAGAGUUACCCAAUAAUACCAUAUUGGAUCAGCUACUGGAGACGGAAAAGUUUUUAAAUAGAUUGCGCUACAGUAAGGAAACCUGUGUGAUGCUGAAAAAUGUCUAUCAAAAUUAUUUAAUUUCCCGGAACACUUAUAAAGAGAAACUGCCGCCAAACUUGAAAAGUUUCACCACACAACCUCUACCAUUCGAAUUGAGAGAGAGAAUUUUAGAUUUGGGUGAUUUGCAUCUCAAUCAAUACCGUAAAGUUAAACUCGGGUUGGAAUUUUAUGGUCCGGGCAAGCUAAUUGCCUCGGCUAGAACUGCUUUGAAAAUACCUGGGCUAGUGGUUGAUUUUGAACUUGAAGAAAACACCGGCGAUAAAGACUUCAUGUAUUAUCGUUGUGAAAAUAAGCCUAUCUGUCUAGACAAACCGUAUCGGAAUAGAGGUGAACGUCUACUAGAUGCUAAAGCAAAUCCCAGAGUAAAACAUGCUCAUUCCUUUGAUGUGUCUCGGAAGUAUCGACACCAAAGGAAUGUGAAGACACUGGAAAUACAAUGCAUUAAGAAUUACUAUAACAGUUUAAAUAAAUCCCUUUAUAUGGAGCAAAAACACCAUUUCACCCACUGUAAGAUAUUCACGACAUGCAAAUAUAAUUUUUCAGGAACCAAAAUCAAUGUAGUGGUGCUAUUCAAACCGGAGGCGAUUUACUUUCAGCCCGAACAAAUUUUUGAAGAUUUUUUAUAUAUCGAUGUCCAUAUGGGUCCCACUUUACCAAUAUUAAUGCGCGGACUUUUGAAAAAUUAUCAUAAAUCUGACGAAGAAUUUAGUGACUAG